UCUGUUCUUGUUGCUUGAUUCUGCACAAUUGAGUCUCAUAUCAAAGAAGCAAGUAAGUCCUUGCCUUUGCUAUUCUGGUGAAACAUUGCAAACUUGUUGCUGACCAUCUCAGCCUGAAGCUACUCAGUACUCUACCCAAGGAUCAGCUGAACCUGUUUGAACUGCUGUAUCUCCAAGCCAAGGUGAGAACCCCAAUGUCUUUAAUUACCCCCCUCCCCCAUCGGCUCAAACCCACAACAUCAACAUUUCUACUAUUUCUCCAUCUCAUCACAGCCCUACACCAUUCUCCACCCAAAAUACCUUCCCCAAUUUUAACCAUGGAAACUGAAAACCCAGAUACCCAAGACCUCAUUAUCCGAAUGAGAGAAAAACUUUGCCUUCGAACCUUGGACCGAUCGGUUCGGCUUGCAGCUGUAAUAUUUGCAGAUAAAGUCCCCCAUAAACCCACAACCAUUGACAUGUUGAAGAAAGCCUGGGCAUCAUUCGGCGAAGUGGGAAUCACUGCCAGGGAUGAGAGAGAUCCCACUGACCGCCUGUUUGCAGUUACUGUUCGAAAUGAGGAAGCAGCUAGAAAUAUAAUGGAGAAUUCACCAUGGUCAAUUAAGGGUUACUCAGUCCACAUUCAAAAUUGGCCUGAACACCUUGCCAUUGAGGAGCUGCCCACCAACAACAUCGCGGUUUGGAUCCAGAUGAGGGGUGUACCCCCAUAUAUGUUCUCUGUCAGAAAUGUAGAAGAGAUGGUGGAACACUUUGGUGAGUUCAUCAAAAUGGACGACCCGCUUGAAAGUGGAGAAGGUACUUAUUGCUUCCUUCGGGUCCGUGUCGUGCUUGAUGCUAGGAGGCCAUUACCCACUGGAUUCACUCUUCCAAGAGAUGAUGGAAGUCCCUCCUGGGUUGAAUUUAAGUUUGAAAAGUUAUCUCGAUUCUGUUUCUGCUGUGGCCGUCUUGGACACAUUGAAACCAUCCAGACCCCUUGCCCGAACAGUGAAGAACCAAGGCCAGAAGGCAUUGUCUAUGGGGAGUGGAAGAUAACUAGUGCAUUCCGGCGACCGGGACAAGCCAACCAAGUGAUCCGACCAGCUAGAAGGAGGAGAAGUGCAGGCCAAAGAAUUACACCAGAAAACACCUUGGAGAUCGGACAAAGCCCACAAACCAAGAAUAGUCAGAGGGUGUCUAGUCCAAAUCAUAGCCAGCUUAUGAAAGAGGGCAGAAACAGUGACUUGACAACAUGGAAUCCCUCAAUGGUACAGUCUGAGCAUCACACCUCCCUAGGCCCCUCCAACGGGCAGGAGCCCGUGAACCACCAUCACCAACAGAGUUACAGUCUACCUCUCCCUAACCCACUACACCAAAAUAACCAGUCAAAAAACCACUCCAUCACUACCCAACACCUCUCAUCCAUUGCACAUGAGUUUGUGGGGCUAGAGAGCCAAAAUUUCCAAGCACCUACGUUCUUCCAUGUGCAAUCUCCAAUAACCUCAGUUGGUCCCAGCAAUAUAACCACACUACCAUACAACAGUAACAUGUCCAAUACCACUUCCCCCCAAGAUCUCAAUUAUGGCCAAUCUCACAAACUCUACGCCUGAGCGUGUGAUUUCC